AUGUCAUCAUCAGUUUUCGAUUCACCACCCAGACGUUCUUCAAAGAAUCGUACAAAUUUACAAUACUUGGGGUCACCUACAAAGGAAAAAGUUAACUCAUCAACAUUAUCAUUAGCAUCACCUACAAAGUUGAAUGUUGUCCAUUCAGAUUGGGAUAAUUCCACAAUUUAUGGGAACUUGAAAAGAAACCCAUCAUUUUUAUCAUCAAAUCAAUUACCUAAAACAGAUCGUUUCAUUCCAUCAAGACAUUCAUCAUCAAAUGGUAGAGUCUCGUCAGAGGAACAUUUACCACCACCAAAUGCAUCUCCAUCGGAACAUAUCAAGGCUCAAUCUCAACUAUUUUAUAAACAAUCAGUGGCAGAUGCUUGUGGUAUUGAAGUUGGUCAAAGAAUUUUACAAUAUCAACCAUUACCUCCACAAAGUAAGCAUUGUGUUCAAUUGAAUCAAAAUUCACAAUUUAAAACGAAAACAAAAUCAACUAUAGAUCCAAUAAGAUCAAGAAAGAUAUCAUCAAACCCUGAAAGAGUCUUAGAUGCCCCGGGUUUUAUUGAUGAUUUUUAUUUAAAUUUAAUAAGUUGGUCUUGUGAUAAUUAUUUAGCAAUAGCAUUAGAUAAUUCAUGUUAUAUAUGGAAUGCAUCAAGUGGUUCAGUUUCAAUGUUGACAGAAUGUGAAUUUGGUAUUUCAUCAUUAAGAUGGUCAGAUGAUUCUUCAUAUCUUUCAAUUGGUAAAGAUGAUGGAUCUAUAGAGAUUUGGGAUAUUGAUUCAUCUUCAAAAUUAAGAACAAUGAAGACUCAAGGUGGUAUUAGAAUUGGUGCACAAUGUUGGUCAAAUCAUUUAGUCACUGCUGGUUCAAAAUCUGGAGAAAUUUAUAAUAAUGAUGUUAGAAUCAAGAAUCAUAUAACUGGGGUAUUAAAUAAUCAUGUUGGUGAAGUUUGUGGAUUAGAAUAUAGAAGAGAUGGUUUACAAUUUGCAUCAGGAUCAAAUGAUAACACAAUUUGUAUUUGGGAUAGUAGAUCCUCAAUUCCACAAUUUACCAAAACAACACAUACAGCAGCUGUUAAAGCAUUAGCAUGGAAUCCAGAUAUCAAUUCAUUAUUAGCAACAGGAGGGGGUUCAUCAGAUAAACAAAUCCAUUUUUGGAAUACCACAACAGGUGCAAGAAUAAACACUAUUGAUACAGGAUCACAAAUUUCAUCAUUACAUUGGGGGUCAUCAACAUCAUUUGGUAAAGAAAUAGUAGCCACUGGAGGUUAUCCAAAUAAUUGUAUUAGUGUUUAUUCAUACGAUCACAAGAUUAAAGUGGCAGAAAUUGAAAAUGCACAUGAUUCAAGAAUAAUAUCAGGACAAAUUUCACCAGAUGGUUCAAUUUUAGCCACUGUUGGAGGUGAUGAAAAUUUGAAAUUCUAUAAAGUGUUCAAUAAUGUUAAAAAACAUGAACAUUCAAGCAGCAUUGCUAAUGGGAAACAAAUGUCCAAAAUCAUGACAAUUAGAUGA